GACGAUAUAUUUAUAAGGAGCAUUCAUCAAUACAUCAACCUCUUUAUAUAAAACAUAUUCAUAGAAAUUUAAAAGACACUUUCAUUGUUGCAUGUACGAUAAAUUAUUCUCAUAAUGAAUCAUUUAACUAAACGCAAAAACCCUGAUGCAUUAGAGAAACCAUAUCAGUGUGAUAUCUGUGGUAAAUCAUUCUCUCAAAGUGGUCACUUGACUGUACACAAACGUACACAUACAGGAGAGAAGCCAUAUCAUUGUGAUAUUUGUGGUAAACCAUUCUCUGAAAGUAAACAUUUGACUCGUCACAAACGUACACAUACAGGAGAGAAGCCAUAUCAUUGUGAUAUUUGUGGUAAAACAUUCUCUGAAAGUAAACAUUUGACUCCCCCUAUUCUUACUAACGAAAUGAAAAGGCAUGCUGUGAUUGUGGCUUUGAUUGCUAAUCAUGGUGAUUUAGAAAUUUCUCGUUUUCUAAAAGUUGCAAGAUCUUUCGUUCACAAGAUUCGUUGCGAGUUAGAAAAAGAAGAUGGAAAUGUAUCACCUGUCUGA